GCGACUCCAGUUUUCCAUACGCUCAGUUGUGCCCGCGGUCAAGGGAAAAGCGCAGCCGAGCACUUCCUCCGAGCGAAGCCAAAAAGAAAUCAGGAAAAUACUUAGCGAUCUGUGAAAAAUCCACAAGAUGACCAAAGUUGAGCUUUACAAGUCGCGCGUCUUUGUGACAAUCAUACACCUGUGUGCACUGGGCCAAUUCGCCUAUGGACUCUACUACAGCUCCUUCGAGAUCCAAAGGAGCUACAAACUGAAGACGAGCCUCAAUCGCCGCCUGGUCCCCGAAUCGCUGCCCCAGAAAAUCAAAUUGCUGUCCUACUGGUCGCUGAUAAUUCAGGCACUGUACUAUAUUGUAUCGCUGGUCAACGAUUUCGUGGGCACUAAUGAGCUGACACCCAAGAAACCUCCGGCGGUGCGCAGGUUCAAGGACUGGCUGAUGGCUACAUUGGCCUUUCCAGUGGCUAUCAACGUGGGCGUGACCUUCUGGACACUGUACGCUAUCGACAGGGAGCUGGUCUUCCCCAAGGUGCUGGACCCCGUGUUUCCCAGCUGGCUCAACCACGUCCUGCACACCAACAUAGUGGUUUUCAUCGUCCUGGAGCUGUUCAUCUCGUACAGGUCGUACCCAAAACGAAGCCAAGGACUAGCAGGACUGGCCAUUUUCAUGGGCGCCUACCUGGUUUGGAUUCACGUGGUGAAGCACUACUCGGGUGUCUGGGUGUAUCCAGUGCUCGAGGUUCUCCAGCUUCCUCAACGCAUCCUGUUUUUCGCGGCCGUCGUUGGAUUCACGCUGUCACUUUACCUGCUGGGCGAGUUCCUCAACAAUACCGUCUGGGCCAAGGAAGUGAAGUUGGCCAAGCGCAAGUCCAACUAGGAGUAGGCUGUGACCCGUUUCUGUUCGAUGUAGUUGCGUUAAUUAGACACAAAAUACAAAUAGUGAUUGACAGGUCUCGAUUAUACAUUUUGCUCAUAUUGUUCGAUCUUCUCAGCCAAAGAAAGUAUUUAUAAGUAUGUAUGUACAAUCGUGCUGCAAAGUUGACUGAAGAAGGCGUACAAAAUAUGUGAGAAAUAAUAAACGAAACUUGCAACAUCAACUCGAUAAUAUAUUUUCCAGUAAUAUUGAAUUCGGAGUCUUUAAUCGUAAUAGGGAAACCCGUUUGCUAAUGAUAUUCAUUAUAUUCUUAUUACGCAUACAUUGUAACUGAGAUUAUAGCCGUAGUUUCUAUUGAGUGCGCGCGACUUUCGAUAGGUUUUAGUAGAUUAACCAAAAUGCAAAAAUGCCUUCUUGAUUAAACUCCUCAUAUCAAGCACUCUGAUUCAACGUCAUCUUUGAAUACCACUGUUAUUCAAUUAUAGUACCAUAAUAAAGCGAUUAAACUCUUCA